UCCAUGGAGCUCUCCCGAGCCCCUCCACACCCUGAGCUGGAAUUUGGGGGGCCCUGGGGCGCGGGGGCUCUGACGCUGCUGCUGCCGCUGGGGCUCGUGGGGGUCAUGAGCACGUGCCUUGGGGAGGGGGAAGGCUGGGGGACCCCCGCCCUGGCCCUGCCCACCCCUCCCACCCUGGCACUCGUCCUCGCCUGGGUGGGUGCACACUGGCUCGGGAGCUGCUGGAGACCCCCGAGGAGCCCCGGUGAGACCCCAGGACCCCCCGCACUCCUCCAGGACCUCGGCUGGCUGUUGGCGCUGGGGGGGGCCCUAGGGGGGGCCCUGGCCCUGGGGGUCCCCGUGCCCCCCCUGUGCCCCCUCCUCCCCUCGCUGUCGGCGGCCGCGUCCAGCGUCGCCUUCGGGCUCGGGCUCGUCCUCCUCGCCCGCCGGCGACUGCAGGGGAAAGGCAACGGAAGCCCCGUGUACGAAUUCUUUGUGGGGGGCGAACUGGGGCCCCCGCUGGAGCCCCCCGAGAGUCUGUACUGGGAGCGGGUCGGGCUCUGCGCCUGGCUGCUGGUGCUGGCGGCGGCUCUGGGGGAGCAGCAGCGGCUCUGGGGGUCCCCGUCACUGCCCCUCACGCUCGUGGYGGCCGCUCAGGGGGUCCCGGUGCUGCGGCGCCUCAGGGAGCUGAGCGGGAAUUCCCCCCCAGGCCCUGGGGGGUUCCUGGGGGUCUUCGGGGCUCUGGCCUGGGGCCCUUUUGGGGGUCCUCUCCCAGCACUGCUACUCCUGCAGAGACCCCAAAACAGGCUGGGGGUAGCCGGGGGGGCCGCCUGUGGGGGGCUCUACGCCCUGGGGCUGUGGAUCUUCCAUGGUGCCACCACCCAGAGGAGCCUCUUCAGCCGUGACCCCCGAGACCCUCGAGUGGCUGGUCUCCCCACGGUCCCCACGGCCACGGGGCAGGUGCUGCUGGCAGGGGGCUGGUGGGGGCUGGUGCGACGUCCUGAUGACCUCGGGGAGUUGCUGAUGACAUUGGGAUGGACCCUCCCCUGCGGUCUGUCCCCGCCCCUGCUGCUGCUCCUGGUGGGGGCUGUGCUCCGAGAGUUCCGAGCAGUUACGGGGGAACGGCGGCAGCGGCACCGGUUUGGGGGGGCCUGGGGGGGUUUGUGCCAGCUCGUCCCCCACAGGCUGCUGCCCCACAUCUAUUGAGGGUUCCCUUGAGGCCCCCCUGCAAGGCACGGGAUCUACAGAGGGGCUCCCUAGAACCCCCUUGGGACUCUGUGCAUUCAUGGUGGAACCCCCAAGACACCUCUCAUCUACCGAGACACCUUUGGGAAGCCGUCCUACAUUUACUGACUCCUCUGGGACCACUGAAAUGAACUAAUGGGCCCCCCGGGACCCUCUCAGGAUUCCCCACACUGACCAGGAGCCCAGGACCCCUCAUACAAACUGCAUUAUCCCCUCAGGACCACCCCCCAUCUGAGGAAUGUCCAGAACGCUCCCAGGACCUGGGGUCCUGGUUGGGGGGUUUCAGAGCUCAAUUGGUGUGGAUCACUCAUAAUAAAGUCUGGGGGUCUCCCCCUUUUCUGGCUUUGUUAAUGCCCCUGUUAAUUAGUGCCCCCCUUCGUUAACU